CUCCAGUACAUUAGAUGGCGCUGUUGUAGCGGCGUUACAUCAGUAAUAAGCGACAAAAACAACAGGAGCUCACUCACUUUGGACGCUUAUUCAGAGGAUUUGGGCUGCGAGCUGACUUUAGUUUUUGUUUUAAACAUGGUGAAUGUGUUAAAAGGAGUUCUUGUGGAGUGCGAUCCUGCGAUGAAGCAGUUCCUCCUGUACCUGGAUGAGACCUCGGCUCUGGGGAAGAAGUUCAUCAUUCAGGACCUGGACGAUACACACGUUUUUAUUUUGGCUGAAGUUGUGCACAUACUGCAGGAGAAAGUUGGGGAGCUCAUGGACCAGAACUCUUUCCCCAUCACCCAGAAAUAAACUGCACACACUCCACAUUUCUCUUUUUCUCUCUCUCUUUGUUUUUGUGUAUCUGGUUGUGAAACGGAGACGAGAAGUCCCCUGAUUCCCACAAACACACCCAGAAGAAGCAUGCAGAGAUAUCUACUUUCCUGCUCUAGGUGUCCUGAUGUAGUACCAGUGUGUCUUUAAGUUCAUGCAGGAUGUCAGUACACUGAUUAGAGUGCGUGUGAAACACCUAUAAAUGUCCGUCGAGUAUUUUGUCAUUAUUGUUGUUGAUGAUGAUAUAAUUAUUUAAUUAAAUUCAUGAGAUCAGA